AUGUCUUUCUCGGCGGACAAGGUCCCGAUUCUGCAGCGAACGGGCACCUUCAGCAACAGGCGCUUUUCGUCGACCAAAGACCCCACAGAGAAUGAGCUCACCUCAAAGAUCCACCGACAGUUCCGCGACUCCCACGAAGGUCACAAAGCCCACGCCGGUCUCGAUCCAACGCGUGCCUCUACCGGUGUAGUAUGGACGUCCGAACGCGCCUACGAGCACGGCUACCUCGAGAGCCCUGACGCAUGGGCGAAUCUGGGUCAGGGUGCGCCUGAGGUCGACGAUGAGAUCAAGGGCUGCUUCGAGAGGCCUAAGGAGGUCGACAUUUCGAGCCAUGGACGUGAAUACGGUCCCACCGCUGGUAUCAAGCCGCUCCGCAUGGCCGUCGCCAAGCUGUAUAACGAGCAUCAUCGCAAGUGGAGGAAGUCGCAGUAUACGUGGGAGAAUGUUUGCAUUGUGCCUGGUGGGCGUGCAGGGUUGAUCCGUAUUGCUGCGGUGCUGGGGAACUGUUACUUGGGGUUCUUCAUUCCUGAUUACACCGCCUACAAUGAGAUGUUGUCCCUCUUCCGUAACAUCGCCGCCAUCCCCAUUCCCCUAGGCGAAGACGACAAAUACCACAUGUCGCCCGACCUCAUCGCGACUGAAAUCGCCCGUGGCACCUCAGUCAUCCUGACCUCUAACCCGCGCAACCCCACCGGCCAAAUGAUCACCAACCCCGAACUCGCCCAGAUUCAAAACAUCUGCCGCGAUCGCGCAACCCUCAUCAUGGACGAGUUCUACUGCGGCUACAACUACACGACCAACUGCGACGGCACCGUCAUCUCUGCCGCUGACAACGUCGAAGACGUCGACGAGGACGACGUGCUCAUCAUCGACGGGCUGACCAAGCGCUUCCGCCUUCCCGGCUGGCGCGUCGCCUGGAUCUUGGGCCCCAAGGAGUUCAUCCAGGCCAUCGGCAGCUGCGGCUCCUAUCUCGACGGCGGCUGCAACGUGCCCUUCCAAGAAGCCGCAGUCAGCAUGCUCGAGCCGCCGCGCGUGCGCAACGAGAUGCGCGCUCUGCAGAUGCACUUCCGCACCAAGCGUGACUUCGUCAUUGGCCGCCUCCAAGAAAUCGGGUUUACUUUCCCGUUCAUGCCCAACUCGACCUUUUACAUCUGGCUUGAUUUGUCGGCGCUGCCGGAGAGCAUUGCUGACGGCUUGAACUUCUUCCAGGCGUGUCUGGAGGAGAAGGUCAUUGUUGUGCCGGGUAUCUUCUUUGAUUUGAACCCAUCUAAGCGUAGGGAUUUGUUCGAUUCGCCGUGUCAUCACUUUGUGCGGUUGAGCUAUGGGCCCAGGAUGGAUACCCUGGCUAAGGGUAUGGAUGCUAUUGAGAGGAUUGUAAAGAAACACAAGGCGAACCCGCGCCCGAUUCACAACGUCAGGCCCAGGGGAAGUGCUGUCGCCUAG